CUAUUGUUUGUUUUGUCGUGCAAUCUUUUCCGCGUGACCGACCAUAGGUUUUCGAAGGUUGGAGCUGGAAAUCAUACAAACAGUUUGUCAGCGAUCCAGACCUCAGGAAUAGCUAAAAUGUCGGGUUUAAGGCACGUCCACAAGAUUCCCACAAUCAGAGGCACUGAUAUCAUUAGAGAUCCGCGACUUAACAAGGUAUUGUACGUUGAAUUAAUAUUCCAACGACAACUCAGGGGACGUCCGUACGCGCUUGAGCGCACGUCUUUCUUGCUAGUGCGUCUUUCAUUAUCAUUUGUUGCUCAUGCCCAAUGUGAUGUUGAGCGAUUGUCGCAUAUUUUAUUUUGCACAACUGUGGCUUUUUGUGACAUGAAGAAUAACGCUUUCACUCCUUGUAUCGAAAAAGAUGUAUUUGUUUUCUGUUCAGGGAUUAAUCUGUUUGGAACUGCUUCGUGGUUUAUUCUUGUUUGUUUGUUUUACGUCAUCCCGGGGGUAGUGGGCCGACCAAUUAACUUUUGAGUCGGGGUAUUGGGUGAUUUGGUUUGGAUAAGAUUUUUUUCUCCAAACCUCUGGUGCAAGAAAUUUUUUCCCCGACAAACAACGGUGUAAGAUGUUUUUGCUAGGAUAAAAAGCCAUAAAAGAUUAAUUUGUUUUUCCGUGUAGAAAAACAGUCUGCAGGAGUAUUUUUUCUGAAAUCACCCACACCACCCCCCCCCCCUCAAAAGUCGAAUGGUCGGCCCCUUAUAAAUCUACAUUUGCUUGGUUCAAUAUUAAUAUAAAUUUACAUCUGAGUGGAACCAGAUUGAGCUUAUUAAUUAAUAUUUAAACAGGCAUAUAUACUGAAGACAAUGGUUCCGAUGCAAAGAAACCUUGUUAAAAAGGGUGGCAGUUACAAGUUUCUCAUAAAGUUCUGAAAUGGUCUCUGCAUUGAUCAAAUUUGUAUGUAUGAAUAGUUGUCUGAAAAACAUGUGCAACAGCCUCCCUGCUUUUUCCCUUGGUCCAACUCCUUUAAGGAGGGCCCAUAUAGGGUUCUCUAGUCCCACGUCAUCCCAACUCCAAUUUUUGUUCAAUAUACCAUAAUCCCGAUGGAUAUUUUUGGCUUCCAGCAUCCUGUGUACACUUUUAGUCUUGAAUCUUGUCCCCGUUUUGCUCUGAAAUCCCAAAUCCCGUCCUGUCAAAUAAUACAAAUCCCAGGUCCUGAAAAACCUAUUGGGGACCCUCUUUAUGACCCUGUUUAUAACCAUGGAGAAAAGGGAUCAAUUUUGGUUUCUAGGAAACUGCCCACCUACCCCUCGAUGACCUAAGCCAUCAUUUUGCCCUAAUUGAGAAGUAAGUGUUAAUGUUAGCUCAGGGGAGGGGUAGGUGAGCAGUUUCCCAGAAACCUAAAUUGAUCCGAGAAAAGUCCCAGGUAAAGAGGGUAACCCUCCUAACAGAGUCAACUUAACUUAACAAUUAAUGAAUGAGGCUGAGUAUCUUAUGAAGAAUUAUGGAGAUCGAGGAGGGUGUUAUCUGACAAGACUAUUUUGUCAAAAAAUGGGAAUUUUGAUGGCCGGGACAUCAUAAAAGUCUUCAUAUAAUGUCUUGAGCCACAUCCGUGUUAUAAUAAUUUCAUGGGAUGUUGGACUGGAUGAUGAUGGGGCUGAGGGUUCUUCAGAAGAGACAGUCUCCAGAUUUUGUAUCUCCAGAGGUUGGCAUUGCUGCAUCUUAUGACUGCAUUAAUAAACAAGAAAACUUCCUAGUUUAGUGAUUUAUUCAUAUUAGAGGAUGUUGCAUCAGUAUAAAGCACUCAGGUAAAAUGAAAGUAAUGUAAAGGGGGUACCAUUUUUCAAUGGAAGGUAUAUGCAAGGGGUACCUUGUCUGUGGAAAAUGGUAUAUAGAAAGGUAAGGAGUUGGAGCUUGGAAGCAGCAGAGGCUAGCCCAUAUAAUACUUUGUUGAAUUCACCACCCGCCACCCCUACCCCCAACCCGCUGUUGCUUAACACCCUUGGGUGACUGAGUUGAUAAAACCAAAUAAUUAAGUUUCAAAUUGAACCUCUUAUGGGGUCUUACACAUGCAGCUAUCUAUCCAGAGGCCACACCUUUGUAGUACCCAAGUCUAGAGAGGUACAGUACAUUGAAUUUCCCAAAAUGGCUGCAGCAGUGGCUUUGUAAAAAACUUUAAUAAAUCGUUUGGCAACUUAUUUUUGUUAUAGGGAACAGCGUUCACUCUAGAAGAACGACAAAUCCUUGGAAUUCAUGGCCUUCUUCCUCCACGCAUUUCCAACCUAGAGAUCCAGUGCAAGAGAACCUAUGCAGAACUACAGAGAAAAGUUGAUGAUCUUCAGAAGUAUAUCAUGCUUAUGGCUCUGCUUGAGAGGAAUGAGUCAUUAUUCUUCAAACUGUUGAUGGAUCAUACUGAAGAGCUGAUGCCCAUUGUCUAUACUCCAACAGUGGGGCUUGCUUGUCAGAAAUAUGGCAUGAUUUUUAGGAAACCCAGAGGUCUAUUUGUUUCUAUCCAUGACCUUGGACAUGUUGAAGAGCUCGUAGGCAACUGGCCUAUUGAAGAUGUCAAGGUACAUUGUAAGCCCACUCUAUGGACACCAGCUUAGUAUGGACACCUGUACAUAUAGUGGACAGUUCCAUUUGUACUCACACUGAAAAAUCUCCUAUAUUUUCUCCAGAAGUAAUCCACUUUAUACAGACACCCAGAUAAUUCAGACACCAUGGCAUGUCCCCUUGGCAUCCAUAUUGACCCGGGGUUUACUGAAUAAAAUUACACACAGAAACCAUGGCCAUUGAAGGGCCAAGGGAAGACAGCAAUCAAAGAGUAUUAGCUUAAGGAGACCAUUGAAAUGUAAUGUCUGGCUCAAACCCUCAACAGCGACCAGUCCCAAACUUUCAGCCUCAUAGCGAACCAUUAUAAAUUAUUUGUCAUGAGAGCCAACUGAUGAAAUAUGACAAUUUUAAGUGAUUUCUCAAGAAAGGUGCUGUAAUGAUGCUUAAAGCUUGAGAGACAUACUAGUUUUUCUUUGACUCCAAAUAACUUCAUUAUGGGAUUUGGAUUAGGAAAGCAAAGCUAUGUGUGUAUAGUGCAAGUGCUUUUUUUCAUCAUAAUUAUCAACUCGGUUGAUUGUUAUGUCACUUCCCAUGCACCAACACCGCAGUACCCCAGGGCGCCUCCUAAGUUGUGUUCUUGUCUCUGAAAUUUAUAGGCCAUUGUAAUGACAGAUGGAGAGCGCAUACUUGGUUUAGGUGAUCUUGGUUGCUGUGGAAUGGGGAUACCUGUUGGCAAGCUUGCUCUCUACACAGUUUGCAGUGGAAUUGAUCCAAGAGUGUGUCUACCUGUCAUGAUUGAUGUAGGAACUAAUAACCAGGUCAGACAACAACGUAAUAUUUCAGCUGUAAAAAAUUUUAUCAGUUUUUGAAUUUUGCAUGUCCAUGUGUAAUGCUCCAAAAAAUAUCCUCACCCUGGCCACCACUGAAGGUUAUUGGGUGGAGGCCCCACCCCAUCUUCCUGCUGGCAACCAUCUCAUUUCAGGUAUUUUCCUUUGAUAACUUUAAUUGGUCUUUAUUCCUUUUCCUCCCUUGAAAUUUCUGAUGAUGGCCUCCGUGGGACCAAUAUGGCGGAUAUUUUCUGAAACAAAAAAAUAUGAAAAGGUGCAAAUUGUGUCCCAGUACGUGUUCUUUUCCCUCUAGCAAGUAAGACGUUUGCAUGUUUAUGCAUAAUUGUAAGGUUGAGCAGUUUAUAUAUUAAUUAUUUUUAAUGACCUCCAUUCCCCUCUGAAGGCCUUGUUAGAUGAUCCCUUGUAUAUUGGAGUGCCACAGAAACGAGUGACUGGCAAGCCUUAUGAUGACUUAAUUGAUGAAUUCAUCAAUGCUGCUACUAAUAGGUAAUUUGACCUAGUAAACUACCUAAUUUCAAUUAACUUGCAAAAUAUAUAGACAUGUCAUCUUAAACUGCACACUGUAGUUGCUAUGGAAGAUUUGAGCAUGUGUGCGUCUUUUUGUCUUGUGCAGGUAUGGUGAGUCUGUUUUGAUCCAGUUUGAAGAUUUUGGAAAUCACAAUGCCUUCAGAUUCCUGGAGAAGUAUAGAAACCAAAUUUGUACUUUCAAUGAUGAUAUACAAGGUAAUUUAAUAGAUAGUCUAAAACAGUGACAGAUUUUAUCUAUAUCUUAUAAAAGGUUUUAAAACUUUUUACAACCACUGAUUUGGCCGUUGUGAGGAUACAUUUCUCGCAAAUAUACGUCCAUGGCCUCUAAUGUGCCGUUCUUGGCAAAUUUCUUUCGGAAGAAUUGUGAACUCAAAACCACCCACAAUACCUUUCGGGAUUGUCGCGUGCACUUUUUCCGACAACCUAUCUCGAAAUAGCUGUAUGACCAAAUGCGUGUAGCCAUCACAGAGGGUUUAUUGGGUUGAGUCCCCUUCCUGGCUCCCCUGUGGUAAUCUCUGUGGUAAAGACCCCUCUUUCCCUCAGAAAUCCCAAAGAUGCAUCUUAUAUGGGUGUAGAAUUUACACUUGUAUGUUAAACUUUAAUUUCAGGCACAGCAUCUGUCACAGUGGCUGGUCUUCUUGCUGCACUGCGAAUCACCAAGAACAAGCUAGCAGAUCACAAAUUUCUCUUUCAAGGUGCAGGGGAGGUAAGGGACUCUGACACGGAUUACCGUAAAAUUCCAAAAAUAAGCCCCUCCAAAUAUAAGCCGCCCAAACCGGUAACGCAAAAAACCCUCCGUUAAAUCGCCCCUCCAAAUAUGAGUCCCCCGGGGGCUUGAACUCGGAAAAUUGCCCUCAAAUACAAAGUAAAACAAAGCAAAAACGGUAAAUUUGCUUCCAGCUAUAAGGCUAGCCCAAUCGAUUUUGAGACGCAAAUUUCCCUCCGUAUAUAAGCCCCUCCGAAUAUAAGCCCCUCAAAAAGGGCCUUUGGGCUUAUUUUCGGAAUUUUACGGUAAUUGCACAAUACGUGACUACUCAUAAGCUAUACAUCUAAAACGGUGACUAUGUGGCUACACAGCUACGUGUUUACGUCCUCUAUAAUUCGUCACAUUGGAAAGCUUCACGUUGUAGUAGUGCAGUGACAGGACGGCAAAAAAAUGUACAUAAAAGCGUGAUCAUGCGCGUGCAGAGUUGUUGUUUUGCUUAUUCAAACUGUUGCUUUUUUGACGUCCCUGUUAUUGUCACCGUCCUAGUUGUUUAAACUGUCUAGUAAGUGCAUGGAUACACGGCUACCUGUAGGCAUAUAGCCACGAAGCUGCUCAGUAACGUAGCCACUUUUGGGGGGGUUGCCUUGGUUCACUUACUCCGAACGUUUGCAUAAUCCCGUUUCUUCCCAAAUAUUUUACAAGGAGAAAUUAGACAUUUUUAUUGCUAUUUUCUUUGGCCAUCGCAAGUGAAUUAAGUCCCAAAUAGUUAUAUUGACUAUUUCGAGAUUCACUACUCUUGUAAUUUUACACUAAUGGUCACUAAUGGCUUGUUUUCUUUAGGCUGCCAUUGGUAUUGCUGAUCUGCUUGUUCUUGCAAUGGUCAAGGAGGGAUUGUCACAUGAUGAGGCCAAGAGCAAGAUAUGGUUGGUGGAUUCCAGAGGACUUGUCGUUAAGGUAGAGUAACAUACUUUUCAACGGGUACGUUAACACUUGGGAAAGCCGCGCUGUGAAAGGUAUUCACUUUGACGUACUGGCAUUCACGCCAAAGGUUCAACCAUUUCCCGAGUACUCUUACAGUUAGGGCGGGUAAAGCUAGAAUCGCUAUCGCCUCGUGCGACUCUGCGGUUCGUUUGUGCUUAGCAACCUCCCUCCUGCAACAAUUAGACAGUUACCCUCGAUCAAUCAGAGCGCACUAAUCUCUAUAAUCGCCUUAUUUGCAUAAGGGUGAUGAAUUAGGACUCACGCCACGCUCCUCCCCAAGAAGGGAAGGAGCUUUGCGUGACGAGAUAAAAAUGGCUGGGCGGGAGCCAAGAGGGACUCAAGUUUUUUGGAAAUGUAUGAACUGGUUCUGACCAAUCAUGGUACCCAAAUUAUAACAGUGGGUACGCCAUCUUUUCGUCGCAUAUUUUUCAACGCUUUUUACAUUGAGUAGAUAAUAAAUAAAUAAAUUAAUUGAUUCGUUAAUAAUGGUAAUAAGUCUUUGUGUCGUCUAAUUCGGUCCUUUUAAUAAGGCUCCGGACUCUCCACAGGUAGCCCAAGCUCGAAAUAUGAGAAUCGAACAUCAGGUAGAUUUGUAUGUUAAAAAAAAAAUAUGAGAAUCGGCGAAAAUGAAAGGAUUUUUCAAUAAAACAGCUUACCUUACUUUCGAAAUAUAAGGUCCAUUUGAUGGCCGUUUUAUGGGUUAUUUAAAAAAAGAUUGUUUCUAAAAACCCAUACAAAUUCUUAUAUUUCGAAUGUUUUUAAGUAAACAAUGCCGAUGUCCGCCGAUGCUCAUAUUUGGAGAAACGAUAGGUUUUUUCCCAUACAAAUUCUUAUAUUUCCAAUGUUACGCAACAAUGCCGAUGUCCGUCGAUGCUCAUAUUUCGAGCUUGGGCUACCUGUGGACUCCCUUGAUUUAAGUCAGGAGCACGAGGUCAAUCACUCGUAUGAUUACAGACCAAAUUGGACUGCACUCACUCCUGUAGCAAUAUUAUAAAUAAAUAAAAAGUUUAAUAAAACAGCUUUAGGAGCUAAACCGUUGCUUUGCCUCAAUAGUAUUAACCAUUUUUACCAGAAACGUUUUAAAGUAGCAAUGAUGGGUGACCACUCCUUACGUUUAAAUUGCAAAGAAAAUUGCCUUCUGUAUUAUUUAAUCGAAACUUCCCUCCUCAGGAUCGUCCAGUGGGAGGAUUAAAUGAACAGAAACUGAAAUAUGCUCAUGAAACGGAGCACAUCAGUACCCUUGCAGAAGUUGUCAAAAACGUUAAACCAACUGCGAUUAUUGGUAAGAUUUUGCAACCUUUUUUCUUAUGAGGAGCAUCUCACGCUUCGUUUUCAGCGCCGGAAACCAGUCGUUUCGAUACGAACUCAAGCAGUGAAAUUGCACAAAAAAUUUUGAUCACUUUAGUAUAGUUUGCUGGUGAACAAGAAAAACAUUUGAGGUGGAUAGUACGUGAAACUAUUUACACCUCGACUGUAUAAACUUUUAUAGAAACGACAUCGACAUGACUUGUAUCGAAACCAUUGGCAACCUCAGCGCGACUUCUCAUCUGCCAGUCUCGCAAGAACGUUUUCCUAAUUCGCUAUCAGCUUGGCUGCCUAUACGUUAUCUGCUAAUUAGAGUUUGCGCUUGAAACUGUGUCGUUAUUUAGUUCGCCUUGUCAAGCUCUCGAUCAGUGCAGAAGAGCGAAAAAAGCCGGCGAGCAACGAAAAAGCGAGCAAGCCAAAAACUGCGUGAAGAAAGAAAGGGAGAGCCUGUAAGCAUCUUUUUAAAUACCUCAGUCUACUCACUUCUUCGCUCACUCCCAGAAAAACUGUUUUUCGUGUCAAAAUGUAAAAAUGUGCGGUGUUAGCCUGCGAGCAAGCUGUCCUAUUUGGGCGAGUGAAGCGAGUCUCCAGAGAUCGCGCUAGCGAGCGGCGAAGCCCCUCACUCGCGCGUUCUCACGAAGGCAAGUGAUUGAUGUAAGUGUUUACGUAAACUGCCAAAAUUGACCAAUGGUAGGGUAUAGCAGGAGCUAGUGGAUCGGAAUUAGGUAUUGAAAACAAUACAGGCUCCACUUAUCCUCCGUCUCUUCCUCGCCAACACGCAGUGUUCGCUUAAUAACAUUCGAUACCCUUUUCCUACUAUCUUGGAGCCUCAUGUGAUAGGCUACUAUUGAGUUCAAUUGCACUAUGGUCCUGUUUGGGGAUGAUAGUAAGAUUACUUGUUAUAGCCAAUUAAGGGAAUGCUUCCGUUCCCCACACAGGCUCAUAGUGGUAUUAGACACGACACUGACUCCGUUUUAUGGGCCACCUCAAAUUGUUCUUUAGACACCAUCUAUGUACAUUGCCUAGGAUGGAAAUUAUUACUUAUGCCAUUUAACCUGACUUUUUUGAAGGCGUUGCAGCCGUCGCUGGAGCAUUCACUGAAGAAAUUGUUAAGGCCAUGGCUUCUUUUAACGACAAACCCAUCAUCUUUGCUCUCAGCAACCCUACAUCCAAGGCUGAGUGCACUGCGGAGCAAGCUUACACCUGGACUAACGUAACGAACCGUUCAAUAUUUUCGCUCUGUUAACACAUCACUGAUGAACCCGGUUGAACUUAAACUUUUUCAGUGGUUUUACCAUUUGUCCAUGCACAGAGCGCUACUAUAGAAAAUCCCAAAGGGCGUUUCCCAGCUACCACGCACGCAUGCAACCACGCCUUUCCCUGACAAAAAUUUAGACGGUUGUUUGCAACUUUCACGUUCCCAUAUCUCAAGGUGUUUGCACCACGAAGUUUUGCACAAUCGUUGUUUUCAAUAUAUCUUGGAACUAACAAUCGCCCUUGAGAAAUUGGAAAGAAAACUCAAGUUAAAUUUUUAGGGGAAAACAACUUGCAUUAUGGAAAGUCGCACUCGGUUUUUCGAAACUCCCGCUAAUUUGAACCAAACCUAACUUCGCUAGCCUGUGUACAGACGUCCCGCCUCCGUCAGAAAAAAUCGGGAGAAGAGACGUCUGACGUCUCUUUUCCCCAUUUUUUCUGAGGGAGGGGGGACGUCUGUACACAGGCUAAACUUCGGUAAACCAGCCAACACUAUUAUUUUUCAAACCUCCUGAUUAUUCGAACCAAUUUGCUUUUCCCAAGGUGGUUCGAAAAAUCGGGAUUGCAAUGUAUAAUCGUUGUACCGGUCACCUCUAGUGAAAAGACUCUAUUCAAGAGACACUUAUCCUGGUCCCUUGUGUGUCCCCUGAAUGGAAGCUCCACAAUCCACAGGGUGUCAUUUUUCCUUUUUCUCAGGGUAAGGCUGUGUAUGCUAGUGGCAGUCCUUUUGCACCAGUAACUCUACCUGAUGGUCGUCACUUCAUACCAGGGCAAGGAAACAAUUCUUACAUCUUCCCGGGUGUCGCCCUAGGAGUUACAUCCUGCAAAGCUCAACAUGUAACCGAUGAGAUGUUCCUUCUUGCUGCCGAGGUAAGAAACGUGUGCCUAUGCAUGAGCUGCAAAGCUGGGCAAAGCCGAACACCCGCUAUUUUUCGCAUAAAUAGAAUUCCCAAAAAAUGGUUCAGUUUUGUUCUCUAAGAAUAUAUUUAGGCAUUGAAACUACUUCCUGUCGUAGGUUGCAACGGAGAUAAGGAUAGAGAUGGAUUAAAACUUGAAAAGAUUGAGUCAACUUUUUCAAGUUUAUGCAAUGCCUGCUAAAAUCACCAAAAAAUUGUCAUGGUGCUCUCUGCUGAAAUUUGUUUGAGAUUUUCAUAACGCUGCAGUAUCAUACCGCAUGUUAAACGCGUAUAAAUGAAAGUUAAAUAGCACUCAGCGACAUGGCCCAACGACGUUCCUUAGAGGUUCGCGUAUUACUCGACACCAAGCGAGCCACAGGAAAACCCAACAGAGUAGUCUUGCGUUCUCUUUACGUCGAACGCAAUGAUGCUUCUUGUACAAGCUGUGUAAUUGCCCACUGGGUGCGUGCUACUCGAGCAAAGACAAAGAAAGUAAAAAUUAGGGGUUGCUCUACUGUAUUGCUUAUCUUGAACAAGAGCAAUUACAUGGGGGCGAACCUGUGCGAAGGGGAGCUUAAGAUAGCGGUUACGGCCUUACGGGAAAGGAGAGGUGGCUAAAUCUUUCCUGCUCUUAAAAGGAGAUAGACAGAUGAUAUUACGUGGCCACGCGGAGAUAUGAAAUUUCUCUUCUCGUGCUGAAAACAAAUUUCGGAUCUCCUUGCGCCCAUGUAAUGUUCUAUUUAUUAUAUAAACACCAAUGAAAUUCCAAACCGUUUCACUUAAAUAUUUUUUUUGCUCCGAAAGGCGCGAUUUAUUAUGUAGCCAUAGCAGCAGUGAUCGUUUCACAUAUGAAAAUAACAUGUUAUUUUUACGUGUGAAGAUAUCAUGUUUUCGCGCGAAAGCUCACCUGGUAUUUAAUUGGUGUUUGUAUAAUAAAGAGGAUUAACACAAAUACAUUGAGCAACGGAUAAUUAACUGAAGUUUUUAUCUCCCUAGUCUCUUGCUGGCCAGGUAGCUCCAUCACAGUUAGAGAAAGGCUGUCUUUACCCGCCUCUGUCGGAUAUCAGGAAAGUCUCAUAUAACAUAGCCGUGGAUGUAGUCAAGUUGGCUUUUUCCACUAGGUUGGCCACCAUCCACCCGGAACCGAGAGACAAAGAACAACUGGUGAAAAAUAACCUGUACACUCCAGAUUACAUGUCUUACAUGCCGUCCACCUACCCCUGGCCUACUCAAUAA